AUGCCGCGAAGCAAGAUACUGGUGUUGUUCCUUCUGCUCUCCGCACAUUUACAUGUCGUGCUUGUUGCAGCUGAAUGGGGAUGCCCAGACGGCUGCAAUGCCAGUCCAUGGCCAAUCCGUAUCUGUAACUGUCCUUCCGACGGACACGGGAAGCCGUGUAGCUGGGUGGGGCAUGACGGGACUACCUACCGCUUCGACCGGUGUCUGGACGCCGUGCCAACCGGCUUCCACCGGGAAACUCGAUCCAUCAAGCUUGCCCAUCUCCGCUCGUCUACUCUCCCGGAUGGCUCCUUCCCAGACACCCCGAAAAUUCCAUAUAUAGAAAUCAAGCAGUCCAACGUCUCCAUCAUACAGCCUGGGGCCUUCCGGGGUCUGCAGUCUGCAAUCGUGCUUUGCCUUGUGGACAACCGCAUCUCCAGUCUCGGACCUGACACUUUCAUGGGACUUGAAAAACUAGAAUCCUUGUACCUCGACAAGAACGUGAUUUCCAGCAUAUCUCGAAAUGCCUUUCGUGGCCUUCCUAACCUUGCACAACUGAAGCUCUCCCAGAACCACCUGACGUCGGUGCCAGUCGAAGCCUUCCUGCUGCCACGGGCAUUGUUGCUAGCAAACCUGACAAAGAAUCGCAUCGCUACCAUCCACAGCAACGUCAUGCGCCUGAAUCAAAGUGACCUGCGUGUUAUCGUGGACAAAAACGACCUGCGAUGCGACGAGAACCUGACGUGGUUCAUCUGCAUCCUGCCCCGCCUCCGCCAGAUUCGUCUUAACAACUUGACGAAGUGCGUUUCUCCGGCCGAGCUCCAGGGAUUUCCACUCGCUACCGUAAGAAACAACAUCUGCAAAACUAACACCGCCAGGUCACCGGAGGCGUACAACAAGACCAUUUCCAUGGAGCCGGCCUCCACACAGCAGACCCACACAAAUGUCGUGUCAGCCUCUCAGCACACAACAGAGAUGGACCGUGCCAUUGUUCUUGGGGGAGGUCCAGCCAUCAUCAACAGGGAUGUCAACAGAACCUACACCAUAGCCGUGAUCAGUGCUGUUGUGGUUCCCCUCCUCUUCGUGUUGUCGCCAUUAGGUGUCUUCUUCAUCUACAAACGCUGGUGUGGCCAUGGCGAAGUUUUGGCCCGUCAAGACCGACCGACUGAAAUGCAGGAAUCUGACCGGAACCCCCAAACAGGCGGCCCUCAACCCACCCCGGCCCAAGACCAGUCAUCAGGAGACAGUGAGACUAUCCAGCCAUAUGCAGUGGGCUUCGACGGCGGCCAGGGACCAGAUUCUGAGAUCCAGCCAUACGCAGUGGUCUACAAGAAAGACCAAGAGCAAAACGACAUCUGUGCGAUCCCCCUGUAUGGAAUAGACUGUCCAGACACAGAAGCUACUGGAAGUCAUUCAGAGGCAGAUUCUUCCCAGCAGGAAAACACCCUCAGCCAACCGGCAGCUACCGCCCUCAACCAACCCAACCGGCAGCAACCAACCGGCAGCAACCGGCAGCAACCAACCGGCAGCAACCAACCGUUCAAUCAACCAGAGUACCCGUCGCUGCCGUCCUCCGCGGACACGGAGCCAAACUAUGAGGACGAAGAGGAGGCAAAUGACAAGAAUCCCGCACCAACCAGCCACGGCAAAGGUCCUUACGGAGUGAAGGAAGAAGAAAAACGCAAAGGCGCGAGCGGGAUCUACAGGACUGACCAGCAGGGUGCUGUUGCAGAAGCGUACAGCACAUCCCCGUGA